AUGGAAAACAUCCUUAGAGCUAGCCAUUUUAAUGUAUACAUAAAAAGAACAUGUCAAGUGAAGAAUAAUUUGGUUCGAAAAGGACGAGCUGGGAUGGAGUUAAGUUCUCUUCAGCUGCGAAGAUGUGUAAAGAAAAAAACAUUACCUUCUUUCAAUUUAGAAAAAGGAAAACUAAAAGAAGAAAAUGAAGAAAGUAAAGAAAGUAAAGAAAAUGAAGAAAAAGUAAGCAUAAGGCAUCAGCACGAUGAUGAUAGUGGAUCCUUGUACAGUAGGGAUCGUCCUCGUUAUAACAAAAAAAGAAUGGGUGUCCAUAUGUCAGGAGGAGGAGGGGGCUGUGAAAUGCAGAACUCAUCUAUAAUGAAAGAAUUCUAUGAAGCAUACUUUGAAGACAAACAGAUGAGAAGAUUUUUCUGCAAAAAUAAAAAAAGGGGAUGGUCUAUAUGGAAGAGAGACCAGAAUUAUUUCUCGUCAGUUCAAAAUGAAAAAAGUGCUGAGAAAAACAAACAGCACAAAAUUAUUCUUACAGAUAAUUUUGUAAAUCAAGAAAAUUUGAAAAAAGAAAUUUUAGACAUGCACAGAAAACUGAUUGAAAAUUCUUUUAUUGAUAAGAAAAAAGAGGAAAUUUAUUUUUUGUUAAAAAGUGCAAUUAAGCCAAACUUGAAGGGGAAAAUUUAUUUCGUCGGAUCCUGUGAAAAUAACAUAUGGAUAAAGAACUCAGACAUAGACUGUUGUAUAGUUGUAGAAAAUUGUGAAGAUAAGAAUUCCUAUAUGUACAUUUUGAAUGUGAUUAAAAGUGCAAUAAAUUUAAUAUAUCCUUCUCUAAGAGUGAAUAUUAUUAAGGCAUCCGUUCCUAUAGCAAAAAUUUACCAGGAAGAGAACAACAUUUGUGACAUUAGCAUUAACAAUACUGUUGCCAUUGUGAAUACCAAGUUUGUAUCUACUCUCUGCAGCAUGGAUGAACGAAUUAUGAUAAUAAACCGCAUCAUUAAGUACUGGGCCAAGCAGAAGAAUAUUAACAACAGAUCACAAGGCACCUUCAGCUCCUAUGCUCUCUUCCUGUUGACGUACUUCUUUUUGCAAAACCUGGAAAUACCUUUGCUACCACCAUACAAAUUCAUAGAACGUGAAAAUGCGUCCUCCUUCGAAAUUAACAGCGAGUAUUUUUUUCUCCAGGAUGACGUAGAAAUGCCCUUUUACACGGAUACUAGCGACAUUUCCAACAAAUUGGAUGUACCACACAAAAACGAGGAUGAUGUUUCCAAGUUGUUAACAACUUGCAAAAAUGGAAUAACAUUAGACAUAUACAACAAUCAGAUCAUUGAAAAUAAAGAUAUGACAGCAAAUGUUUUCUGUCCAAUAACGAAAAAAAUAGUAAACACGUAUAGCAUUAAUACCUGGAAGAAGAUGUUCCAAAAAAUUCACACAGCUCAUGAACGGCUGAAAUGUGGCAAGAGCUUGGAUAUCAUUUGUGAGGAAACAAAAAACAACACUCCUAGUAGAAAAAUUGAUCUUAAAGAUCACUUAUUAAGGCGAAAAAUAUUUCAAAAUUUGUAUGAGCCAUAA